UCGCUUCUCUUGCGUCAGUUUCAGCUGGGUCACAUGCGAGUGGAAAGGCUGCCGUGGCUGGCUGCUGGUGACUCGCCCUGUCUACGGACCGUUCUGACAGCAUUUAGGGCCGUAUGGAUACAGUGGCAGUUUUAAACCAGCCCAGACUUCAAUCACGGACCUUGUCGGCACCUUCCUUGUGCUGGGGUGGUAUUGAACCUUAAAGGCGACCCAGGAAUCGCAGUGGGAAUUUUUCCAUAAGGAGUGUUGGGAAACUUGCUCGUUGCCUGUCCACUUCAGUUUUAGAUAUUGUUACCGAGUGGAUCAUGCGGUCUGCACUACCUCCAGGGGUCCGUUGUAUUCAGGCGUUUACCAGAGACAGCUGGUACCGUGGCUUCAUUCUGGUGCUGACCUUCCUAUUUUACACCAGUUACCAUCUGUCUCGCAAACCCAUCAGCAUAGUCAAGAGUGAACUCCACAAGAAUUGUUCAGCAAUUGCCGACCAUGGAAACAGAAGUCACCUCGACAAUGAUACAUGGUGUGACUGGGCUCCAUUUGAUAAACCCAGUUACAAGAUGCUGUUUGGCGCGUUGGAUAACUCCUUCUUAAUAGCUUAUGCCAUUGGAAUGUUUUUUAGUGGUAUAUUUGGGGAGCGUCUCCCUCUGCGAUAUUACCUGACCAUUGGGAUGUUGCUCAGUGGAUUGUUCACUGCACUCUUUGGAUUUGGAUUUUACUGGCAGAUCCACAGCAUCUGGUUCUACGUGUUUAUCCAGAUUGCAAAUGGUUUGGUACAGACCACAGGGUGGCCAGCUGUUGUCGCUUGCGUGGGUAACUGGUUUGGAAAAGGGAAGAGGGGUUUCAUUAUGGGAAUCUGGAACUCGCACACGUCGGUCGGUAAUAUUCUAGGCUCUCUGAUCGCUGGGAUCUUCGUGUCUUCUGCCUGGGGUUUAUCUUUCAUCGUGCCUGGUGCCAUUAUUGCAGGAAUGGGAAUAGUCUGCUUCUUCUUUCUUAUAGAAUACCCUGAAGAUGUGGGCUGUACUUCCCCUCAACACCAUGACCAGAUGGAGCAGGAGCCGUUGUUACGCCAAGAUAGUGUGGAUGAGAUUUUCGCCAAUCCCCACAAUGAUGGGGGCAGCGUUAAUCCCGUUGCCUACAACCCACAGCCCUCAGCAAUUAGCUUCUUGGGAGCACUCAAAAUACCCGGAGUGGUGGAGUUUUCGCUGUGUUUACUCUUUGCCAAACUUGUCAGCUAUACAUUCCUCUUCUGGUUGCCGCUCUACAUUUCAUCUGUGGCUCAUUUGAAUCCCAAAGCUGCUGGCGAUCUCUCAACACUCUUUGACGUUGGUGGUAUUAUUGGUGGAAUUCUGGCUGGAAUCAUCUCAGAUUACACUGGUGGACGGGCCACAACAUGCUGGAUUAUGUUGAUCGUGGCAGCUCCUAUGCUCUUCCUUUAUAACUAUAUUGGGAAAAAUGGACUUACAACAAUUAUAGGAAUGCUGAUCUUGUGUGGAGCUCUAGUGAACGGACCAUAUGCACUGAUCACAACUGCAGUGGCAGCCGAUCUGGGAACCCACAAAUGUCUGAAAGGGAAUGCUAAAGCACUAUCAACUGUGACUGCAAUCAUUGAUGGAACGGGCUCUAUUGGUGCUGCCUUAGGACCCCUGCUGGCAGGACUUCUCACUAACUGGAACAAUGUAUUUUAUAUGUUGAUUACGUCCGACAUCUUAGCCUGCCUGUUAUUGGGCAGAUUAGUAUACAAGGAGAUCCGCAGCUGGUGUGGACACGUGCCAAGACCAAGAGGAUUUAAGGAGAUCUGACAGAGAAGAUCAUAAAAGAAACCUAGGAAAUUCAAUGUGUCAAUUAAUUCUGGGUUUUGCUUCAAAGCUCCGUACCUGGCUCCAUCAGUGUGUGGGAGUAAAAUAUCAAGAAAGGAAAGAAUAAAAGGGUCUCUUUAAUGUGCUACUUCCUUCCCAGAGGCUGACAACACAAAGGGAUUAAAAUCAGACCUGCCUUUUAUGAGACUGUUGGCUAAAUUUUAGCCACUCACUUUGAAUGAAGGUAGCCUGCUAAUUUAUGGUAAAAUAAUUUUCAUUAAGGGAACAUUGGGAGCACAGGCUGUGUCUGAUGUACUGUCUUUUAAUAAAAUAUGUACACUAUUUGUAUAAUUUUGUUUCCAAGUGGAAUAUUUCUU